CUGUUUCUGAUGAUCCAAUCUUUGUUUAGCAGAACCGAUUCGUUCAUCAUGUUUCUCUCUGUGCUGCUGCUGAUGAUGAUGAUGGUCAGCUGGACAGAAGCUGGUUAUACUGGCAUUGUGUUUUCUCACACCUCUAAAGAUGUACAAGGAAACAGUUUUACAGUUGUGUUACGCUAUAAGUUUGGCUACAGCUCAUGUGCAGAGGCUGAGUCAUUUUCUUCUUGUCCUGGCUGUAGUAAGAAGAUUGAUGAAAGCAGCGGUGAAUGGUGUCUGAGAGAGUAUACCACGUGGGGCAGUCAGAGUUUCUACAGUUACUACUAUGGGUAUAUUGGAACCUGGAUAAACAACAGAAACGGUGUUUCUUCUGGUGUCGCUCUGAUGUAUAUUGAAGGGAGAAAACGAUCUGACAUUAACAGACCAAACUCAUCACCAAAGACCGGCAUCCUUCCUGUUAUGAGAGUUCCCUCAAACUGUCCGAGAAAUAUCAGCUUGUUGACCUUUGACCCUGAUGGAGACCAUGUUGAAUGCAGACAUGGAUCCAAUUCCAAUGAGUGCUCCACCUGCACACCUCCGUCUGUCCUCAGUCUCUCAUCAUCUUGUUCUCUAUCAUUCAGUCCAACCAACAGCAGUGAUGAAGAUUCAUAUGCAGUUCAGCUGAUGAUGGAGGAUUUUCCCAGUCAGACCAUCAAUAUGACUUAUUAUGAUGGUUCAACAGUGUCGAUAAACUCCACCAGUUCUAUGAGCAGAAUCCCUGUCCAGUUUGUUUUCAAAGUGGAUCCUGCAGCUCCGUCCUGCAUAGCAGGUGAAUAUCUGCCCAGGUUUCUGCCUCCAACUCCUGAACAUGGAGCUCAGUUCUUCAUAAACGUUACUGAGACGAUAGAAAUCAACAUCAGAGCAGAGGCGACUCAGUCUGUGAUCACUGAGCUCCUGUUCAGCGGACCGGUCAACAUGACCAAGAGUUCAUCUGGUUCAGGAAAUUUCACCCUGACAUGGACGCCGUCUGACAGUCAAAAUGAUGAUAAAGAAAGCCAUCCCAUCUGUUUUGUUGUCCAGGCAAAUGCCUCCAGUUCUAUCUACCAGUCUGAGCUUCGAUGUGUCAUUGUGAGGGUUGGAAACAUUUCCUCCAUAGCGACUCCAAGUCCUCCUACAACAUCUUAUGUUGUGGUUCUGCAGCUGAAGAUCUCGACUACGCUGUCACUGAAAGACAACAAGGAUGAAAUCGAGAAAGCGAUUAAAGAUGAACUGAUCAGACGAGGGCUGCCUCCAGACAUAAAGGUCCGCCUGCUGAGCGACGGUUCAGUGAAGGUUAAUAACUAACCGCCCCCUAGUGGCUAACAAUGAGAAUGAAUCUGAUCCAUGCAGUAAAAUGUUUAUCUGGGUUUAUCUGUUUUUACUUCUUGUACCUUCUAUGUAGGGAUUAUGGUUGCUUUAGGUAGUCUGACUAAACUUACUAAUGAAAUUAAGCAAAAAUAGAGAGAAUUUCUAUUUCUGUGUGAAUUUAAAAAAUAUCAUGAUACUUUCAUAAAGGUAGGUUAUAAUUAUCUAUCAGUUAUUAAUAAUAAGACAAUGAACAGAAAAACAUGUAAAUAAAAUCAAUAUUUGGUUCCACCUGAACUUUUAAUGAGGGCAGGUGUUUACAUGUGAUUUGUAUGUAUGCAGCCAUUUUGCUUUGCAUGUUUUGUAUGUAGAGAGUCUAUAAGCUCAUGUGGGAAUUUAUUUGAUUGUCUUUAGAAACAGCUCUUUAAAUAAAUAAAUAUUUCAAAAUUAA